AUGCGUAAAGGACAGAAGAGGGGCUCUGAUUCCGACAGGCGGCAAUAUGCUUUUGUUUUUGUCAGGAGACCACGACUGGUCAUGUCAGCUGGAUAUGUGGUUCCUGAACGCUCCUGGUUCCGGGUUGUGCUCGUCGCUCUUGCGAUAUCUAUUUGCGUACAGGUAUUAUGGCCUUUGGUGCAGCAGUACGCAGUGCCACAGAGCGCAAUAUGCAGGUUGCAGUUCAUCCCUGAAUUCGUCAAGCACGGGUAUUGUUGGCCCUAUUUAUCCCAAAAACGCGCCCUCUCAGUCAGGUUAACGUUUUUUCUCGAAUACACCAAAACACUCUUUACAGUGCUUACUUUGCCACAUUGCUUGCGCAGCGUUCCAGUAUAUUUCAGAAGCGUUGGGUGUACGAAUUUUUUCCAUGAUAUCCUCAAAUAUUAG